CCGAGGAUCAUGAUCUGUGAUUGUACAAGACCAGACCUUAAAGCUAUAUACGAAUAAUUCAAUCUGCUUGCUCAUAGUAUUGACAGCGCUCUUGUGUAUUCGUUAUGUCAAGAAAUUGCCAAGAACUCUUUCAUCCUUCGGAUUGUGCAUCCCACUAUUACUCGCAAUUCCAAAACCAUCGAAAUGGAAGACAACUACCUUGCUAAACCCUCUGGAGCCUGCUGUUUGAAAGGUUCUAUUCAUGAAGGAAACCCAAGAGGCAGUCAGGGGACAAUUGCAGAAGUUGAAACAUAUAUUGUCCCGCCGCCAGAAGGGAAAGCGAAUGGCCAUGUUUUGCUCUACUUUCCAGAUGUUUGGGGACUCUUCAAUAACGGACUUUUAAUCAUGGAUGGAUUUGCGGAUGCUGGGUACUUUGUUUUUGGCCUGGAUUAUUUCAGAGGGGAUCCUGUGUGGAAACAUAGAAAGGACAGAAAUGACACAACUACGGACCCAGGGUUUGAUUAUGAAGCGUGGAAAACAAAGCAUAUGGCUUUUGCAGAUAGAGUUGUUCCUGGCUGGAUUGAGGAAGUUAAGCGACAUUAUGGAAAGCCAAACACCAAGUACGCUUGUGUUGGAUACUGCUUCGGAGCUCCGUAUGUAUGCAAUGAGCUAGCAAGUGGCACUGUUACGGCUGGUGCUUUUGCCCACCCUGCGUUUCUCAAAGAGCAUCAUUUCUUCAAUCUGAAAAAUCCACUACUUCUUUCUUGUGCGGAAGUUGAUCACACUUUUGAUACAAAAUCUCGGAGAAGAGCCAUUGAUAUCCUCCAAGAAAUCAAAGUUCCCUACCAGCUCCAACUCUUUUCUGGCGUUGAGCAUGGGUUUGCAUUGCGAGGAAACAUGGAGAAUCCUUAUGAACGUCAUGUGAAGGAGCAAAGUAUGGAGGGAAUCGUCAAAUGGUUCGACUUCUGGCUGUCACAGCAGGAAACAAAACGUGUGUGACUGCCUCCAUGCUGCAAGUGUGUCCACGGUGCAUUAAGAUGGCCUUCUAUGACUUAUAUUAGUUUACAAAAAUCAAUAUCAGAUCUGGAACUAGG